UCCCCCAGCUGACGGCUGCUAGUGCUUCGUACUUGGAUCAUGCGUGUUGAAUAUUCGACCUGAAACUUCUUGGUUUCACUAAUAAACCUCAUCAGAACUUCACGUGACGACUGGCUUAGUCUGAAUAAAUAGAACCUGACUGUUCGUGAAGAUCUUAUAUCUCCCUCCUCAGCACAGAUCUAAUUGAGAUGGUGUCUUCAGCACAAGAAACUCCGCCAAACACUCUGUCAAAAUGUUUUCUGUGAGAAAACCUUUAAAAGCAGCAUCUUUGUUGCUCUGCGUGAUCAGUGUCUGCAGAGGAAGUUCACGUUGUAUUCCAUCAUAUUACCAGGCGGGAACUGAGUGCUGUCUGAAGUGUUCACCUGGAGAGUAUGUAAGAGCAGACUGCUCGGAUGAAUCCAGCACUAAGUGUAAUCCCUGUGAAGACGGAACCUUCAACGAUGUUUUCAGUGAUCGCAAACAAUGCUUACACUGCACAAGCUGUGCUCCAGAUUCUGGCCUGAGGAUAGCCCGUCCAUGCACAAGAACACGGGAUGCAUUCUGUGAACCUCUGGAAGGAUUCUUCUGUAUAGAAUCCAAAGGCUUAUACUGUGAAGCAGCAGAGAAACACAGCCAGUGUAAACCAGGACAGUACAUCAGAGAUAAUGGAACAGCGUUGAAAGACACAGUUUGCGCUGACUGCAGUGCCGGGACAUUUUCAGAUGGGACGUUCACCACUUGUCGGCCGCACACGCAGUGUGGAAACCUGCUCAGAGAAGGAACUGCUUCGGCUGAUGCUGAAUGUGUGGAAGAUGGUUCAAGCAUCAAUGUCACUGUCGGCGUCGUCGUCGUCGUCAUCGUCCUUUUAGUCAUUUUUUUAUACGCUGGUAUAAGUGGAGCUUUGUACUUCAGGAAGAAGAAACGUAUAUCAGACAAACGUGGAUCUGUCUCAACACAGGGAGAGGAAAACAGAAUGAUACAACCACCAGUCUGAGCAGAAACAGAGUACAGAAAUUAAACUGCUGCUGUCUCUGUGAGACUGUGGGCAGCACAUCACCCUCACACUCAAGAUUCAACCAGCAUUUGCCUCGGUGGCCCCCUGAGCCACGGACUGUCCAAGGAAUGCUCCGUAAUAACAAGGAUUUCGUGAGAAAUUUUGCAAUUGGUUGUCUGAGACAACAGAGGCGUCUGACAGGAUGGUUACGGGCGUCCAGUGAAGCACCAAUGCCUUUCGCUUUCUUCAAAACAGACAAAUGCAAUGUGCUCCAUGUCAAGAAAAGUUUGUAUCUACACCAACAAACCUGGAAGAACAAAAAAACAUGGAGGAUUCAAUGCAGGAAGUACAACUCCAGAGAAAAGACGACGCUACGGAAGCUUAUUGCUGCCACACAUACAAAAAAAAGUGGAGUGCUCAGUAUUAUGUUAUAACGAGAAACUAUCUCACAGAAGAAUAAUGGCCGUUUCUCAAUACCCAAGUAAGCAAGUAUGUACUUGCUUACUUGAGAAGUACGCUGGGAGUAUAUACUUGCCAAGUACGGGAGUACACAAUAUGUGGCUGUUUCUCAAUACUCAAGUAAGCCAGUAUGUAUGUAUUGUUCUGCUGUUUGAAUGGUGGCUGGCGCCAAGUGCUGCAGCCUCAUUACCACCACCUACAGUGUUGAUAAAUGAACAUAUGAAAUACUUUUAAUAAAUGCAUAUAUAUUAUUAUUUUCACA